AUGUCGAUCAUGCUCUCCAUAAACCACCUUGAGCUAAAAUUGGGUAUAGGAGGAACUUCGUAUGAAGACUUUAUAAGCAAAAUGCAUUUGCCUAUGCAAUUAAGUCAAGUAGAUCCUAUUGUCGCCUCGUUCUCAGGUGGCGCGGUGGGCGUUAUUUCAGCAUUGAUGCUGCUAGAGAUUAACAAUGUCGAGCAGCAAGAGAAGAAAAGAUGCAAAUACUGUCAUGGAACUGGGUACUUGUCAUGUGCCCGCUGUUCAGCAACCGGUUUGUGUGUGUCCGUCGAACCCAUUGUGACAAGCGCUACGGAUCGUCAGUUGAAUGCACCAACUACUUGCAGGUGUCAAAAUUGCUCUGGGUCUGGAAAGGUAAUGUGCCCCACCUGCCUUUGCACUGGGAUGAUAAUGGCUAGUGAGCACGACCCUCGUAUUGACCUAUUCGACUAGAGGGCAGGGCAAGGGUGGUUAGAUUGAUUAGCUCAAUUCUAGUACCUCGACCGGAAGUGUGAUGUUUGCAAUAAUAUGGAGCUAACCCAUGAUUCAUAUUUCAACAAUGUGAUGUUGUAUCAUCGAAUGCUGUAUGUUUAUGUUUGUUGUUAUCAGAAGAGUA